GAACUUAAUUUUAAUCUAAAAUUUCGUUGUAUAGUUCCUAGUGCUAAUGCCGAACUAAUUAAGGGGUUUGUUUGUUUUUGUAUUUCUGUAGUUCUGCAAACAUUUUUGUCUGGAUUUUAUUUUAUUUUCUUAACACAAAUUCAAGAGAUACAAAUCACUAUGCGUCGUUUCUGAAAUCAUGGAGAACCCUAUAGAAGAAACUGAAGCAACAUUAAAUCUAUUGCUGAGUUUGAGUCAAGGAUUAUAGGUGACUGCUAUAUAGCCAUUUUGAUUACAAUAUGAUGUAACGUGUCAUUUUGUAUACGAAGCAUAUGUACUGGAAGAAUCUGAAUCUGAUACUUAACAACCAAAAUUAUUUUGUUCAUAGUUAGGUACAAGUUUUAAAAAGUUGGAUUUGUGGAUUAUUGAGGCAAAAAAAAUAGUUCACUGAACUAAUUUCUCUAAACAAUUAUAAAAACAUUUUGGAGGAAGAAUAUAAUCCAAUAUAGCACCUUUAUUUUAUUUUAUUUUAUUUUCUUGCUUAACUAAUCAUAGCUCCUAUAUUGGAUUUGAAUUUUUCUUCCUUUUUUUUCCCUGGAAUAUUUAUAUUAUUAUUCUUGCUGUAAGAAAAGAAGUUGUACUUUAAUGAAAAUAAUUUUUCAAUAAUGUUCUUAUCAUGAGGAAUCUUCUAUUAUUAUUCUUACCUUAUUUUUCUUUUAAUUUCCUUUAGGAUAAAAGAUAUUUUAUGAUUAUUUCUGUAUUCACCUUGUAUGGGCAAACACACCCUCAAAUUACUAUUAUUUUAUUUUUAAAAUGUCAUUUUAUAUGAGGAAGCUUCCACUAGGCUAAGUGACGUUUUUCAGGAAAUAUAGAGGAAGUAACUUCCUUCUUAUAUAAAAAAAAUAUAUAUGUAUAUGUUAAACUUAUCUUAUUACCAUUACCAAAGUGAUGUUUUUGUUUCAUUAGAAAUACUCAACGUACAUAAACAAAAGUUUUAUUUGAUAAUAACAAUACAUAUCCAUAAAUCAUCAUCAUAUAUAUACAUAUAAUAUCUUUCAAAAGAAAAAAAACGAUGAUGACUAACCAAAUCUUUAAACUAAUAUAUGGUAGGUAGUUGGAUUUUCCAAAUCUUCAUUGGAAAAAAUAAAAUAAAGCGUAAUAUAUGAACUGAUCAAGCUCAAUUUUCCACUUGCCAAUUGCAAAACCACACAACGCAUAAGCAAAACCUACCAAGAAAAAGAUUCAACACUUGCUCCAAAUUUAUUGGAACGAAUUUCCAGAUCCUUGAGUUUUGACUAGUGCCUGUUCUCCUUCUAUAAAAACCAAGUUCCCAAUUUUAUUUCAUUUAAUUUCAAAAAUAAAUAAAUCAGUUUAAAAAAAAUUAAUGAAUUUUCAUUAUUAAUGGAGUCUCACUCUCAUUCUUCUGAAAAUCUCUCAACCACUGUAUUCACUCCUCUUAUUAUUUCAGCCACGGGCAUAGUGGCCACAACCAUAGCCAUCGUAGUUUACCACUUUAUAGUGGUUCGGUUCUGUCUGACCCGAACCCGGAUCAGAGAACUGAUUGACGGUUCAGGACCCAUAAUCGGCCGACCCAAAGGAGGGUUAGACCAGAAGCAAUUGAAGGCGAUCCCGAUCCUCAAUUAUUCAACCGGACCUGGUCAACCGGGUCAAGUAGAGUUUCGGGUCGAACAGAGCGAGUGCGCCGUGUGCUUAGGGGAGUUAGAGGAGAAGAUCUUGGUUCGGCUCUUGCCCAAUUGUCGUCAUGCGUUUCACGUUCAAUGCAUCGAUAAAUGGUUGUCGUUUCACCCCGACUGCCCUCUAUGCCGUUCGCUCGUUUACCCAAUCAUCAUAAACUCGCACGUGUCUUUGCACGUGGAAGAUCCCGUAACUGAACGACGUCGUGUACAGCCAGUGAUGAUGAUGCCUUUGAUUUCGCCUGUGUGUCGUGAAAACAAGAGGCCACGUCGUUUUGUGUUGAGAAGGUCUUCAUCUGUGGAUCAAUCUCAUGUUUUUCUUAACAUAUUACAGAGAGAAUUUGACUAUGAUCAGUAUAACAAUAAUAAUAAUUUGAACAAAACGACAACUUUAGCGGUUUUACACAGGUCGUUUUCGCAAAUUCAACCUAACGAGGUCUAUGAUAGUAGUAAAUUGUAAUAAUAGAAAUAGUUGGUUGGUUAUUGUUAGACAUUCCUUGCAGCUUAUAAAAUUUUGGGCUGAGAUGAAAAAGGUAAAUUAAAUAAAUAAAUGUUUCUUUUUAUAAACAUAUAGUAAAAUGGUCAUUUAGAUACAAAUUUAAUGAUAAAAUUAUAAUUAUAACUUUAGAUAAUUAAUUUUAGCUUUCUAUUCUCUUUU